CCCCCUCAGGAGGUGGGCGCGCGCAGCACCGCACAUGCGCACCCCGGAGGCCGCCUGGCGGAUAAAAGCUGCGGCGGGCGGGCGCCGAUCCCGGCUGCAGCCUCUGCGCGCGCGCGGGCGUGUCAGUGGCCUGCGCCCGGCGCCGCCAUGGAGGGUGCGCUGUACGGCGGGCUACCGCGCCAGGCGACGGAGGAGCUGUGCCUGCAGUGCUUCGUCAAAAUGUCUUCAGCCUCAGAGGUCAGAAGAGGCUAAAGCCUUUGUAAGCGCCUUCCUGAAGCGUAGCAUGCCAAAAAUGAAAGAUGAAGCUAUCCAGGAUGUGUUAUCUCGGAAAGCUGUAAUUCUGGAGCAUUAUGCCAAAAAAAGAAAAAAGCAAAAGAGGAAGAAAUCUAAAAGCUUUACUGCCAAGCAGAGGCGAGAAAUGCAUCUUUUUGAAAUCGAACCUGAACAGCAGAGAUAUGCAAUCUUUUUACCGCUGCAUGAACUGUGGAAACAGUACAUCAGAGACCUAUGCUAUGGACUUAAACCAGAUGCGCAACCACAGAUGGUUCAGGCCAAACUGCUAAAAGCUGAUCUCCAUGGAGCUAUUGUUACAGUCACAAAAGCAAAAUGCCCCUCUUAUGUUGGGAUAACAGGAAUCAUUCUACAGGAAUUUAAACAUGUCUUCAAAAUUAUCACUAAAGAGGACAAAGUAAAAGUUGUUCCCAAACUUAACAAUGUAUUUAGCUUGGAGAUUGAUGGAUUCAUUUCCUACAUCUAUGGAAGCAAGUUCCAGCUCAGAGCAAGUGAGCGAUCUGCAAAGAAGUUCAAGCUGAAAGGAACUAUUGACCUAUGAUUUCAUAGCAAAUCAGAAGUAUAUUUAAUAAAAAUGCCUACUGUUUUCCUGCAGUUUGAGAACCAGGUUUUCUGGCAAACUGAAAAUGGAAUUAACUGUUUGAAGGUUUUCUAGAGCAUUUCUUCAUACUGAAGACUAGCUUCUGUUGCCUUGAAAGCACUCUGUCAGGCUGUUGGAGUUUAGUUGUGUUAUUUGUAUUUGUGUGCAACAUUCUGCCUUUUAUUAAACUUAGUACUGAUUGCCUGG